AAAGGUUUUGAGUAUAUACCAAAGCAAACAGCUCCAGAAGCUAUGGCAGAAAGGAGACAAAUUGUGAACCAGCAAGAGCAGGACAUUGGCCACGCUACGGAUAGUGGUGGGGGAGUGAGCCAAGAAGCAGAAAGCAACAGCUCCGGAAAUCUGCUCAUUCGGAUUGCGUUACCAAAGCUAGAUCAGGAAAAAGAAAGAAAAAUACAGAUCACUAUUUCUCCAAAUGCCACAGGUCUUCAGUUCUGCAAUGAAAUCUCAAAGGAGUUACCAAAUAUUGAUGUUGAAAAAAUGGAAUUAAUAUAUAAAGGGAAGUUUCUGGAUAAGUCCAAAAGCCUGGCUCAACAAAAGUUAAAGAACAAAGGAAUGGUCAUGCUCAAGCUGACAAAUAAGUUUGAACAAGUAAAGACAAUAAACGUGUCCAGAAUUAGGAAGGGAGCAGAGGCAUUGGCAAAACGAGGUGAAGAUUUUGAACACCCUCACUUAAAAAUAGUAAACCACCAGGGGGAAAUUAUUGAGGUUCCUGAGGAGAAACGAGUGAUUAUUCUAACAGCCUUGAUUCUGCACGAAGCUGGCAAAUCUGAUAUGAAGAAAGGGGCCUAUGAACAAGCAUUUGAGUAUUUAACAUUGGCAGAACUUGAGUUCAGGCAAUGUGAUGAGAUGCAUCUCAACAGCAUUGACAACUAUGGAGUACUGUGUCUAGAUAUGAUUUGGUGUAAUUUUCAGCUGAAGAAAGCCGAGUACCUUAAAGAUGCAAGAAUAAAGUUAGAAGAAGCUCAGGAAUGCUUCAACAAAUGCUUUGGAGAAAAUCAGGAACGACUCAGGGAACUUCAGGAUGACAGUGGGAGACAUCACAUACAGUCCCUUCGGCUCCAUGUGCUGUGGGGAGUGUGGUUUUAUCACAACCAGAUGGAGAAAGAUGCUGAGCAGAACCUAAAUAAGGCAGGGAUACUACUGGAACGUUUGAGAUUGGAUGAUUCAGACUUGGCUGACCUUGUAAAUCAAGGAUUCACCAUCCGGGAAGCUCGACUCGCCUUACGGGCCACUGAGGGCAACAUCGAGGAUGCCAAGAUGCGCAUUAGAAAAAGAAGGGAGAGAGCUCAGCAGCAAAAGAGAGAAAUGGAUGAAAGAAGGCAGCAGCUGAGCAGACAGGCUACAAAGAGUAAUACUGAUGUACCUGAGGAGAACAGGAGGCCUGAUCAGGGAAACCAGAAUUCACUUUCGAACACAAAAGUGCUAACUGCUGAUGAAAACUCGUCUUCGGCCUCACCAGCCCCUUCCUCUCCAUCUAUAGGUGCUCAAGGCAGCUUUGAGGAUGAGGACCUUCUUCAAGAAAUCCUGGCAUUACUGCCUGAGGAUAAUGAUGACUACAUCAAUGUGACCUUGGAGGAUGAGGAAGCUGUCAUCUCUUCCUAUAAGGCCUUGCUCACUAAUAAAGGCAGUGAGCUGUGUGAAGAGGCCCCAUCCACCCCAAAAAAGGGAAAGACUGAGCCAGAGGUUACUGCUCCCCCAUAACACGCUGAGAUCUGAACCGUACCCAUAGCAGGCUCCAAUGAGUAGCAUUCCCUCAUUUCCCACCUGCUGUGUGAAAGAAUGCAUUAACACAGCUUAAUGUUGCUUAUGCACAGCCUGCUUAAUCCCUGCUGUGAAAAAUUCCAAUUGCUAUGUGUCACUGAGCCCAGAGAGAACAUUUUUAAUGACCAGCCAACGUGUACAAAUCCAAAUGUCAUUUAGACCUCACCACAAACAGACAAGCAUGACCCACCCAAUAACCUGGAUGAACUGCAAACGUGACAAAGGCUGUACCCACACCCACGCAAUCAUUCAGGGGGCAUCAACCUUCAUUUCACUUCAAGAUCACUCCAUUACUUUUCUCUCACACACUUUUCUGAGGAACAUGUGACCUCCUGAUUUUACUUACCUAUGGAAAUUCAUGUAAUAAUAAGUUUAUUCAUACCUUCUUGUGAUUUUCGCUAAUUCUCCUCCGGCUCCUCCAUUUGGUGUCAUUCACAAUGUUAGAACUUGCUGAGAUUCCCUCCCUAACAGCAUUGUCUGUACUGACACCAGAUGGAUUGCUGAAAUUCAAAAUAGUGGCUCCCCACCAGUUCUUCAAGGGUAACUAAAGAUGAACAAUGAAUGUUGGUCUUGCUACCACUACCACAUCCAGCUGAAGAGUGUAAAACAAAAAUACACCACUUCUGGUAUGGCGUGGUUGGUCAGUGGUUAGUGCUGCUGCCUCACAGCACCAGGGACCCAGAUUUGAUUCCACCAUCGGGUUACUGUUUGUGUGGAGUUUGCAUACUCUCUGGGUUUCCUCUGGGUGCUCCAGUUUCCUUCCACUGUCCAAAGAUGUACAGGUUAGAUGGAUGGGCCAUGCUAAAUUGCCCAUUGUAUCCAGGGAUGGGCAGGUUAGGUGGGUUAGUCAUGGGGAAAGUGGGAUUAUGGGGGUAGAGUGAAGUGGAGAGUAUUUGGGUGGUUGCUCUUUGGAAGGUCAGUGUGGACCCAGUAGGCUGAAUGAUCGGCUUCCACGCUGUCAGGAUUCUAUGAUUCUGGUUUACCAUAAUCACUUCAGUUAGCUUCACAUCACCAACAGUUUUGCCAUUUAAUCUCUCCCUGCUUCAAUAUUAUCAAAAACCUUCCCAUUGUACUUUCUCUCCAUCCCUACUCUUUCAUGUUCUUCAAAUUGAUUUCAUGACUAGCUUUUUCUCAGGUCUGAUGUCUCCAACGUAAAAUAGGAAAACAGUAUGGCACACUGACAAGAAGAAAAAUCCACAAAGAUAAACCUAAAAUGGCAAAGCUGUUUCUCUCUCCAGAGAUGCAGCCUGCCUGAAUGUUUCCAGCAUUUUCAUUCUUUUAUUUCCAAUCUCUCUUCCCCCACCCCCCUCCCUCCCGCCAGAUUAAACUGGCUGGCCUGGAUAUAUUGGAUUCAUCCUUACACAUGUUAAAAUAAGGGUGUAACAUUUGCAGUUCUAUACUUCUUGGCAUCAUUCUGCUAUCAAAGGAAGCUUGGAAGAUUACAGCCAAUGCCACUUCAAUGUUCCUAGUGGGUCACCCUGAUUUCCAAAUACCAAGUCGCCUUGGACUGUUGUCACAUGCAUAUAUGCUCAUAAACACGCAUGUGUUCAAAAUACACACAGUAAGAAACACACAGAUGCUCACAGACAAACACACAUUCACAAACACACUCAUAGAUAUGCAUAAAUUCACAAAUCUACACACUCUCAAACACACACACUUACAGUCAGACAUGCUCACAAACACACACAUGACCAUAAACACACAGACACACACUCACAAAUACAUAUGUUCUCACUGACACACAUGUACUCGUAAACAUACACAUGCUCAAACACAUUCACUCACACAAACAUACACAUACACGCAAUCUUCUCUUCAUCUGUCAAUAGUGAACCACCCUUUAUGCUUACAGACUGUAUACUUGUCCUGUCUAUUCAGCUGAUGCAUCAAAUCUAAA